GACACAAACAAUCAUUCUAGGCAUGGCAUUUGACGUUUGCGCUGGUUAGAGUACAACGACCGCGAGAAUUUAUUAUUUUAAUUUAUUUACAUUUUGUAUCCAUCCAAAGUUUGUGGUCAGUCGUAAUAAACUUACUAGUUUUAGUGAUUUUAACUACUUACUACAAUGAAGGGAAACUCAUUAAUACGUAUUCACGAGUGUUUCAUUCUGAGGAACGGUAAAAUAAUUAAAGAGGAUCUCUGGAUACGAAAUGGUGUUAUAGUUAACCCUGAACAAGUAUUUUAUUUGGAACAAGUUGAAGCUGACAUUACAAUAAAAGCGUUUGAAAAUUUAAUAAUAGCACCCGGAUUUAUAGAUAUUCAAAUAAAUGGAGGUUGGGGAAUUGACUUCUCUUAUGAUUCUGAAAAUGUGGAAGAAGGUGUAAAAACUGUUGCACAGAAGUUGUUAGCACAUGGAGUGACUUCAUUCUGCCCUACCAUGGUUACAUCAGACAAGGACAAAUAUGCAAAAAUCCUGCCCAAGAUCAAAAAAUCCCAAGGUGGACGAGACGGUGCGACUGUACUGGGUGUGCAUCUGGAAGGGCCAUUUAUAUGUCCAGCAAAGAAAGGUGCCCAUGCUGACCAAUAUAUUAGAAACCCAGACAAAGGUUUAGAAUCGCUUGAGGAGGUGUAUGGAUCUCUAGACAAUGUAAAUAUUGUGACAAUAGCUCCAGAGUUACCCGGCGCCUUGGAUGCGAUAAAAGGGCUGACAAGUAAAGGCAUUAAAGUAGCUCUUGGUCAUUCAUCUGCCAGUCUCGCCCAAGGAGAGGAAGGCGUCAAGAGUGGUGCCAAUUUAAUAACUCAUUUAUUUAAUGCUAUGUUGCCAUUCCAUCAUCGUGACCCUGGUCUGGUAGGCUUAUUAGCAUCGGCUACAGAUAAACAGGUGUAUUAUGGAAUAAUAUCUGAUGGUAUACACACUCACCCAGCCGCACUUCGAAUAGCCUGUAGAACUAAUAAAGAAGGAUUAGUACUCGUCAGCGACGCGUUUGCAGCACAAGGUCUCGCAGAUGGCAGUUACCGCAUUGGCCCCAUGGCGGUGAGCGUGGAGAACGGACGAGCCUACGUCGCUGGUACUAAGACCCUUUGCGGUAGCACCACGGCGCUCGACGAGUGUGUCAGAACCUUUAAGGAAUCUAUCGGUUGCACCUUAGAAUAUGCUCUGGAAGCUGCAUCACUGCACCCAGCCAAGGCUCUAGGCAUCGACCAUAAAAAAGGCAAUUUGAAUUUUGGCUGCGACGCAGACUUUGUUGUCCUAAAUCCUACCACGCUGAAGGUUAUGUCUACAUGGAUAGCGGGAGAGAUGGUUUUUAUAGACGAAGAUAUUUCAAAUAUUGAAUAGCAACGGCGUUACAAAACGCAAGUUUAUUAUGUAUAAUUAAUUGUUUAUUUGCUGUUUACUCUUUACUAUUCAAAACUCUGCAGCAACGCUACACGAAUGCACUAAGAGCCUGCGAUGAUCUCAUAUCAUGGUAAUAAAAAAACUACAGUGCUUUAGGUGUAUUGACGGCCUCCGUGGCGCAGCGGUAUGCGCGGUGGAUUUUCAAGACGGAGGUCCUGGGUUCGAUCCCCGGCUGGGCAGAUUGAGAUUUUCUUAAUUUGUCCAAUUCUGGCUGGUGGGAGGCUUCGGCCGUGGCUAGUUACCACCCUACCGGCAGAGACGUACCGCCAAGCGACUUAGCGUUCCGGUUCGAUGCCGUGUAGAAACCGAAAGGGGUGUGGAUUUUCAUCCUCCUCCUAACAAGUUAGCCCGCUUCCAUCUUAGACUGCAUCAUCAUUUACCAUCAGGUGAGAUUGUAGUCAAGGGCUAACUUGUAAGAAUAAAAAAAGGUGUUUUUACAUACUACUGUAGUAAAACUUCUUUCAAAUAAUAUUUAAAAAACACGCUUUUACGCACUAUACAUUACAAAAUACCCAUAUCAUGGGGGUGCAUUUCAAAUAGGCCGUCCUUCAUCUUGGACGUCCGCCAUAUCGGAUUUAAGUCACGUGACUAUUUUUUUCGUAUUCCUGACAGCAAACCCUUUAAUUUGAUACCCAUAUCAUGGGAGUGCAUUUCAAAUAGGCCGUCCUUCAUCUUGGACGUCCGCCAUAUCGGAUUUAAGUCACGUGACUAUUUUUUUCGUAUUUCUGACAGCAAACCCUUUAAUUUGAUACCCAUAUCAUGGGAGUGCAUUUCAAAUAGGCCGUCCUUCAUCUUGGACGUCCGCCAUAUCGGAUUUAAGUCACGUGACUAUUUUUUUCGUAUUCCUGACAGCAAACCCUUUCAUUUGAUAUCCAUAUCAUAGGGGUGGAUUUCAAACAGCCAGUCCGCCAUCUUGGGGAGGCCGCCAUAUUGCAUUUGUAAUGACGUUUCUUAGCUAAUCGAAGACCGGGCAGUAGGUCAAAUUAAGAUUAGAAGAUUUUCGUACAUACAUAAUUACAAGGGAAGCUAAUAAAAGAGUGUUAAUAUAAAACAAUAAUCCGAGAAACUUGGAAAUUUCGCGUCAUCUCUUGUGUCGGACUUGGUUCAUUUCACAAGCUCCUCUUAGUUGUGUCGUAGUUUAGUAGUGUUACUAAAGAUGGCGCCUGUCAUUUCAUUUUUUUUUAGAGCUUGUUUCAAUAUAGUUGCUGUGAUAGUCACUCAAUAUUAAAUUUAAUUAUGGCAUUUUUAUACAACAUUAGUUAUAAGGAACAACAAUAAGUAUAAGACACUAUGUGACAUUGCAAUACGUAUCCGUAUUAUUAAUCUUUGUGUCGCCGCACACGGGCUACACGCGACAGCCACAAACGCCGCUACAAGAAGCAAGAAGGGGCCACAAAAGUAGCUGAAGCUUGUGGCCGGUGGCCGAUACUUGCGGUCGGUGGUCUGCUACUUUGUUAACCCAUACAUCGUCGUCGUCGUUAUCAACCCUUAUACGGCUCACUGCUGAGCUCGAGUCUCCUCUCAGAAUGAGAGGGGUUAGGCCCCUAGUCCACCACGCUGGCCCAAUGCGGGUUGGCAGACUUCACACACGCAGAGAAUUGAGAAAUUCUCUGAUGUGCAGGUUUCCUCACAAUGUUUUCCUUCACCGUUUGAGACACGUGAUAUUUAAUUUCUUAAAUGCAGUACUAUAAUCAACCCAUACAUGCAGUAUCAUAAUCGCCAGAGUCGGCCACCAGGCCGGUGCGGGCCACAAUAAGCGAGCAGCGACGAUUGUAGAGUGUGGCGGCCACCGACGUCAACCGUGUGCGACGAGUCCAUAUAAAAUGUAUGAAAACUACAGGAAAUAUGCUGGUAGCGGCGUUUUGUGGUUGUGGCCGGUGGCCCGUGUGCGGGAGCCCUAAGACCUAUUCUUAACACUGGAGUUAAUUCCUUCAAUGUAGCACACAAAACUACCUCUAGCCCCCCAUGACCUUACCAGGGAUGCGGGUAAUGAUCCAGUCAAAUUAGUAAGUUUACCUCUGAAUUUGAGAUACCAAAUCCCGAUUGCUAUGGAGGAAUGGGUAUCUCAAAUUCCGAGAUUCUUAUCUAUUUUGACUUUUUUCUUGUUCCAAGAUCAAAUUUACAUUACAACUGAAAAUGCUAAUUUUGAUAUUUUACUGUAUAGGUACUAUUUUACUCUUUACUAUUUGUUUUUCACAAAGUAAACUUAAAAUGCAGAUUUUGAUAUUUUACUGUAUUUUUAUUUAGUUUUUAAAUUUCUCCGGGACUAUUGUCCUGCAAAUGAAACUGUUGAAAUAUGCAUCAAUGUGUAUUCCUAUUACGUUAAAUGUGAUAAUAUAUUCAAUUUAUUAUUUUACAUCAAAUUUAUAUACUUACCACAAUAAUGCACAAAGUGCUUAUAUAUUUAAAAUUAAGUUUAUAUUAUAAAGAAUUAAAAUGAAAUUUUAUUACAA